AUGCCAUCGCCUGAGCUGACGAGUGGCUCGAUGCCACCGGAGAAAUCUCCCUCUGACCCCCUAACUGGCGCUCAGAAUGGCUCUGGCGCGUCCGAUGCGGGAAUCGGAGGUGCAGACUCCAUUGAUAUCGCGGCCGACCAAUCGGCCAAUGGCCAAACGCCCGAUGCAGUCGGAGAGGGGAAACAGAAUGCAAAGGCCAAAGUAAGCGCAUCUUCAGAGCCCAACGAAGCGUCGAACGGUACGCCCCAAUCGAAUGGCACAAACGGCUCCGCGCAAAGUAGGAAACGGUCGCGCGACGGCUCCGCGAUACAAUCUACCGAUACUUCGGGGACGUUGGCCGUCAGAACACGUGAGACCUCAGUGGAAAAGAUCCUGCUUGAGCAGUACGUCAACCGCGAAUUCGACUACUCGGCUGCCGCCGCAUGGCAAAACCCAAGCCAAGAAUUACAGCAGCAGAAGCGAGCAGAGCGCGAUUUUUACCUUCAACUUCGUCGUGAGACCCAAGGAAACCCGGCUGCGCUAUAUGGCCUCGGUUACGAAGGUUUCGGCAACCCGCGAACCGAUCUGCGAAACCAACAUCCGCAACUGCUGUACCCUUCAAAUCGACGCCGCCCCGGAAACCGCAAGACUCGAGAACUGCGAAUCCCGCGUCGAGACAUGAAAAUACAAAACGAGCAGAUCGAAGAUCUGGUGCCUAUUCGACUUGAUAUCGAUUGGGAAAAGAUCAAGAUCCGGGAUACUUUUACAUGGAACCUCCACGAUCGCAUCGUUUCACCGGACCUGUUUGCUGAAAAGUUGGUAGAGGACUUGGGACUUGCUCUGGAGACUUCUGGGCCUCUGAUGCGCAUGAUCUCGCAGACCAUUCAAGAGCAGCUGAUGGACUACUAUCCCCAAAUUUAUAUGCACGAGGAACCUCUCGACCCGCAUCUUCCGUACUCGGCAUAUCGGAACGAUGAAAUGCGUAUUUUGAUCAAGUUAAAUAUCACCAUCGGCCAGCACACUCUCACCGAUCAGUUUGAAUGGGAUAUCAAUGAUCCUCAAAAUUCACCUGAAGAAUUCGCCCUGCGGAUGACAGAUGACCUCUCCCUUUCAGGGGAGUUUACGACUGCUAUUGCCCACUCCAUCCGCGAACAAUCUCAGCUCUUCACCAAGUCUCUCUACAUUGUCGCCCACCCAUUUGAUGGCCGUCCUAUCGAAGAUCCCGACCUGAGCACCUCCUUCCUCCCGACCCCUGUAACCUCCGCCUUCCGACCGUUCCAAGCUGCCAAGGAGCACACGCCAUAUCUCUACGAAUUGAAUGAGGCAGAUCUUGAACGCACCGAGAUUUCGAUAUCUCGUGAACAGCGCCGUCAAAAGCGGUCAAUUAACCGUCGUGGCGGCCCUGCUCUACCAGACCUGAAGGACCGACAACGCACGAUCCGUACGCUGAUCGUCUCAUCGGUCAUUCCCAACUCGGCAGAGACUUUCGAAGAAAGCAAUGUCAUCAAACGCUCUGGCUCUAGCCGCCGUCGCGGAAUCACCCAACGCGGGGAUGAUGAAUCCGAUGAUAUUGACAGCGAUGACUCUUCUGUCGGCUCUCCAGCAAUCGGUCCACACCUUGCUCAAGGAACCGCUCGCACAAGAGGCAUGAGAGGUGCUGCAACGGCAGCUCAUGCGGCCUUGCGUGCCAGCUUGGGUCAAUCCGCAACUCCAGAACCUGUGGUACAGGAACCGACUCGGACAUCAUCUCGGCGACAGCAAUACCGAGAGGAAAGUGUGGAAGAAGCCGAGAAGUUGAUCGUGAGGCUCAAAGUGCCUCGUAAUAAACUCAAUGAUCUACGGAAUGGCAAAAGCAUUGUCGACACACCUCAACUCAGUUCAGCUCAAGCACCUGGUCUAAUGGCACCCCCGUCCGACAAGCAACGACUGCAGAACCAAAAUGCCCAACAACCGCGAUUUCAGCAAAUUGGAGCAGUCGAUGCACCAAACCCGCCCCCAGCCGGGGUCCCUGGACCCCAGCCGCCCCCUCCACCUGCCUGGCUUCAAGCUGGACUCCAAAAACUGAAACAUGACCAUCCGAAUGACUCGUUCGAGGGAGUGAUGCGCUAUUCUGCCGUCGAUAUUGAAACCAUGGCCCCUGUCGCAAACCCAAACAACCUUCCACCAGGCCAGCAGGUCAAGUAUCAGUACCUGCCUCGCAUCCGCUGUCUCGAUUGCCCUGGGAAACUGUACACUCCUGGUCCCGGCACGACCGUCGACAAUUUUGAGGUUCACCUCCGCAACCGACAACAUAAGGAACGUGUGGAAGAGCGUGUGCGAUCCACCGGUGGUGUCCCAUUGAAAACAGAUUCUAUUCACAGUGCCAGCGCCAGCCCGGCUCCUGGUGCAGGCACUUCAGCCAGUGCCAGCCCUGCUCUAGGCGCUGCCUCAUCACCCGCUCCUGGUGCUCAGCCAUAG